AUGGAGUCAGUGUCAGUUGAUUGUCUCCUUCUCGCCAAGACAUUGGGACAUUGCCAGCUUGUAGGGUCGUUUGCCGUCCUCCUGACGUUGCUUUUCGGAGUCUACCACUUCCUUCGCGGGCCGCUACUCUAUCCCGGUUUCCCUGCCGUCGGCCUCGACGACAAGUCCUGGGGAUGGUUCCGGUAUCGGAACGCGGUCCGCGAAUACCGUACUCGAGGGAAGCAAAUUGUCAAUGAGGGGUCUGAGGUGAGUGAAUUUGGUCACCCCAAACUUCACGAUGCUGUCCCGGUCGAUCUAACAAACAUUCUGUGCCUCUGUCUGUACCCCAAGACCCGGAAACCUUUCCAAGUAGUCACGGAUACCGUGACGAAGAUCUGUUUCCCACCCGAGUAUGCCAAUGAGCUCAAGAACAUCAAGGCGCUCAGCUUCACAAAAGCUCUGGAGAAGGUUGAACUUUUCACUGCAUAUCGGGGGUUUGAACCUAUCAAGGCUGCUAGCCACGAGAGCAACAUUCUUCAAAAUGUCACGCGUCUUAGAAUUACACCCUCACUCAUCGUUACCAGGCUGAUACGAGCUGCUUCUCAAAGCAUACGGCUAGACAAAGAGCUCACGGCAGUACCUAGACCACUUGACGGACGAAAUCGCAGAAGAAACUUCUAUCGCUCUCAAAGAACAACUUGGAGUCCCAACAGAAUGCCAACCCCGCCCGCCACCGCAGACUGGCAAGAAGCCGCCUUCAAGCCCAUCGGGCAGAACCUGGUCGCCCGUCUCUCCGCGCGACUCUUCGUCGGAACUCAGCUGUGCAGGAACCAGGAGUGGCUCAAAGUGUCCACCGCGUACGCCGUCGACGGCUUCGUCGCCGCCUAUGCGUUGCGCGGCUGGCACCCGCUUGUCCGGUGGGCUGUCAGCUGGUUUCUGCCGGAAUGCCGCAGGCUCAGGAAGACUGUUUCGGAUGCUCGCCGGAUAUUAGAGCCAGUCAUCAAGGGUCAUUCCAGGCAUGAUAGACAGCAUGCGUCUGGGGAAAGUUGCAAAAGCUCACCUCGGGCAGACACGAUUGACUGGCUGCUGGAGGCAUUUGACAAAGCCGGCAUCACGGGAAGAUGGAACGUGGCCGACGCUCAGCUGGGUCUCAGCAUCGUCGCAAUACAUACCACAACCGAGCUGCUCACAGGCGCGCUAUUCGACAUCGUUGCAGCCGGACCUCACUUGGUCGAUGAGUUGCGUGAAGAAAUAGUCAGGGUUCUCGGACCAGAAACCGUUGCUCAGUCGCAGGGUAACACAGUCUUCAGCAAGACGAGUCUGUAUGAGAUGAAACUGCUGGAUAGCACACUCAAAGAGUCCCAGAGAAUGCACACGAGAGGGAUAGGUGCGAUGGGUCGCGUCUCCGAAGCCGACGUGCAACUGUCGGAUGGUUCCACCAUCCCCAAAGGAGCCUUUUCGAUUGUAACGCUGGGAUGUUACCAUGACGAGAAGGUUUAUCCCCAGCCAGGUAUCUUCAACCCCCGUCGGUUUCUAGAGAUGCGAUCGAAGCCGGGCGAAGAAAAGAAUUGGCAGCUUGUCACCACAAGCCCUCAUCACUUGGGAUUCGGCUACGGCGACCACGCAUGUCCGGGAAGGUUCCUGGCUGCAAACGAGGUUAAGAUUGCUCUUGUCUAUUUGCUCAUGGAAUACGAUUGGAAGCUGCCUGGGCAGAGACCGCAAGACACAAUGGUGAUAGGCUCACAGCACCAGGCUGAUGCCCGGGCCAAGGUCUUGUUCAAGAAGAGGGUUUCAGAAAUAGCUUUAUGA